ACCUCUACCCCAUCCAACCGUCCCCUGUUCCCUGACUGCCUCCAUGGGACCCCCUGUCCCUUAUCCUGCCCCGCUCCCUUACCAUGCUGCUCAGAGCGACAGGAGCUUGCAGCCGUGCGGCCCGGCCAGAGCUAGCGACACCGCCCAGAGGCUGCGGGGGAGGGGAGCUCAAGGGCCCAGCAGGAUGGUCCCGUGGGCCGUAGUUUGCCCACCUCUGUUAUAACAGAUAUUUAUCAUCUUAUAGGAAAUUUGUACCAGUUAACCUAAUUCAACUGUCCUACUAUCACUGCUACAAAAGGAGAGGCUAAAAGCUGGGGUUCGGGCAACCUCCAAUCUGUUAGGCUCUACAUCCUUGUUGUGAUUGGAGAAAAGAGCCCAGGUUGUUUUCACAGAGGCAUUUCAAGAGAUCCCAGAAUUUUGACAAACCCACCGUUUAGGGAACAUGUUUAGGGGACUCUUUAUUUUAAACGAGGUCUGGAAACUGAGGACUAAAAGCUGGUUGGCCCUUGCUUGGCUGCACAAAAUAAUAAGGAGCUUUACAAAGUGUGGAGCUGUGCUACAUUCAGAGCUAAGUAACAUGAAGUUACUGCACCCAGGAGAGCAUAGCACUCCAAAGGUGUGGGAGAGUAGGUAGCCGUGGCUCUGGCCUCACUAUGUGCCAGCCUGGAGAGCUGGUUAAGCCACACAGUGGUGGCGACUAUGCUGAACCUGUUAAAUGCGUGAAGCACUUUCUGCUAGCUCUCCUUUUGUACUAGGGAGCUAAGAGGGGUAGCACAACACAGCUCCACACCACUCCCAGCCCAGGACUGGGCAUAAAUGACAUAAUCUACCCUGAGAAACUGGUAUUUUGUACAUUUAAUACAUCAGUUUGCUCUAUCAAGCUGCAGCACAGAUGGAUGUCAAAUAUUUAGUAUUUCUGGUUCCAACCCACUAAAAAACUACAGCUCUGAGAGACCCUCAGAGAUUAGGAUUUAGUUGCAUUAUCUGAUGCUGUGUUCAAGUCUGGUUUUGACAAUAAGUAUUUGUUCACACACACAUCACAGUCCUUUGAAAUAUUGAAUUUGUUGACAGCAUUAAGACCCAGAACAAAACAUUAAGGCUUUAUCUAAACACAAAAGUAGGACAGCUGUAACUAUACUUACAAGACCCCCUUAGUGCAGUAUGAAAGUGCGUUACACCAGUAUAACCUUCCUAUACAGGACGGGGAAUGAGCUCUACUGUAUAACACACCUUGGUCGUGCUUUGAGCAGGGGGUUGGACUAGAUGACCUCCUGAGGUCCCUUCCAACCCUGAUAUUCUAUGAUUCUAUGAUUUAUACUGUAUAUUUGUGUCCACAUUAGGGAUUUCACUGGUAUAAAUAUAGCCGUAAAAAGCUCACUCCCUCAACCAAUAUAGUUACACCAGAACAACACCUUUGUGUAGUCCAGGACUGAGCCUUAACGUGUUACAUUAUUAAAGUUGUCAUGAGAGGUUGUGGCAUAGCUUCAUCGGAUAAGCAAUUCCAAAACCAUCGGAACAACAGCAAGAUAAACAAAAUACAUGCUAAAAAUAGUUCACCUUUUUAAAUGUGUAAUGUGUACCAUGUACUUUACCCUCUUGCAUGAGUAUAAAAAUCCAUGAGAAGAGCACGAGCUAUUACGGAAAGAACCAUGAAGGCCUUUCUUCUGCUAGCAGCCAUUGGACUUUGUUCGGCACAAUACAACCCAAAUACAAGGCCUGGGAAGACGUCUAUUGUCCACCUGUUUGAAUGGCGUUGGGCUGACAUUGCUCUUGAAUGUGAACGGUAUUUAGCACCCAAUGGAUUUGGUGGAGUUCAGAUAUCUCCUCCAAAUGAAAAUAUUGUCAUUACUAACCCGUGGAGACCGUGGUGGGAAAGAUACCAGCCAAUCAGCUACUAUCUAUGUACACGAUCUGGAUAUUAUGAUGAAUUUAAAGACAUGGUGACCAGAUGCAACAAUGUUGGAGUUCAUAUUUAUGUGGAUGCUGUAGUCAACCACAUGUGUGGGUCUGGUGCUGGUUCUGGUAAUAGUUCUACUUGUGGAAGCUAUUUCAAUGCAGAGACCAGAGAUUUUCCUGCUGUGCCGUACUCAGCCUGGGACUUUAACGAUGGUAAAUGUAAAACUGGAAGUGGAGACAUUGAAAAUUACCAUGAUGUGACUCAGGUCCGCGACUGUCGCCUUGUCAGUCUUCUUGAUCUUGCCCUGGAGAAGGACUAUGUGCGUUCGAAAGUUGCUGAAUACAUGAACGAUCUUAUUGAUAUUGGUGUGGCAGGCUUUAGAAUUGAUGCUUCCAAGCAUAUGUGGCCUGGGGACAUGGCGGCAUUUUUAGACAAACUGAAAAAUCUAACGACAAAAUGGUUUUCCAAAGGAUUGAGACCUUUCAUUUACCAGGAGGUAAUUGACUUGGGUGGAGAGCCAAUUAAAAGCAGUGAUUACUUUGGAACUGGCCGAGUGACUGAAUUCAAAUAUGGUGCCAAACUGGGUACAGUGAUCCGCAAAUGGAAUGGAGAAAAGAUGGCCUAUUUAAAGAAUUGGGGAGAAGGCUGGGGUUUCAUGCCCUCUGACAGAGCCCUUGUCUUUGUAGAUAAUCAUGACACCCAAAGGGGACAUGGUGCUGGGGGAGCUUCUGUUCUAACCUUCUGGGACUCCAGACUGUAUAAAAUGGCACUUGGCUUUAUGCUUGCUCAUCCUUAUGGAUUUACACGUGUUAUGUCAAGUUACCGUUGGCCAAGAUAUUUUCAGAAUGGAAAGGGCAUUAAUGAUUGGGUGGGACCACCAAGCUCUGAGGAUGGAUCGACCAAACCUGUUACAAUUAAUCCAGACUCCACUUGUGGCAACGACUGGGUCUGUGAACACAGAUGGCGUCAAAUAAAGAACAUGGUUAUUUUCCGUAAUGUGGUUGAUGGCCAGCCUUUCUUAAACUGGUGGGACAAUGACAGCAAUCAAGUGGCUUUUGGGCGUGGUAAUAGAGGAUUCAUUGUCUUUAAUAAUGAUGACUGGAGCUUGAAUGUGAAUUUGCAAACUGGCCUUCCUGCUGGAACUUACUGUGAUGUUAUUUCUGGGCAAAAGGAAGGUGACCGCUGUACAGGAAUACAGGUGCAGGUUGUAGGUGACGGCAUGGCUAAUUUCCAGAUUAGUAACCAGGCUGAAGAUCCUUUCAUUGCAAUUCAUGUUGAUGCUACAUUGUAAUCCAUGCAAGAACGAAUGAGUCUCUGUGUAACAUCUCUAGCAAGGAAUAAACUGUAUUGGCACAAAAGUAAUGGGUUUUUUUAGUCUCAUUAAUGAAAUACUGUGUCAUUGCUGUAAUAUUAUUACACAAUAACUAGCACUGAUACUGAUACACAUUUUUGAGAUGGUGUAACAGGCCUACAAAUAUGGUUCAUUUUAAAGAGUACUUCAUUUUAUUUCACAUGAAGUAAAGGAGAAAUUAAACCAUGCAUUGAGAUGAUUUUUCUAUUGUAAUUCCAAAACUCAGGCAGGCAGGCAAACAGACGCUCUGUAGGCUGAUGUUGCUCCUUACCUAACGCACACAGGCUCUGCUGUAUCAGGGAGUGAAAGACCCAGACCCAAGAACUUGUAACAGCACCUAUUAGAGCCUUGGCAAUGCAAAAAUGUUGAAAAAGAUCUUGUUUCACAUCAAACCUGUGACCCUCUGAAACCCCCAUAUUCACUACUGUCAUAUAAUUAUAUGUUUUGUACAUGUCUUGUGAGGUAUCAGUCUUGAUCUGUUGAACAAUAAUAACCUGUUGGAUUGUAUGUACUAUCCUUGUACAUGAAGUUAUGAAGUAUUACUACAUGUGUUACAGAAAUAUGUUGUGAGGUUGGGAACACCCACAACCAAAGAUGUGGCUAUUGAUGGCUACUCGGCAUUAAUGGCUCAUCAACACACAAUCCACUAUCCUAGAGACUUCUCUGAGGAGGCACAUACACCAUGGGGGCAGACUAACCCGCAUCAUAGCAAAGAUCUUUGCAGCAAGCUGGAAGAAAAGAGAGACAGUGACAUCAUCCCUUGGCCUCUCUCCUCCGCCUCCAGCUCAACACCGGGAGGAAUGUCUGGAAGACAAAGAUUUGAACUGGGUAAGGGUGGUCCCAGGCUGGAAGGUAGUCCCAAGCUGAGUAUUGGGGAACUGUAACCUGCUUGUACCAUCUGUUAGGGUGAGAUAUUGUUUGCUUUAGCUCUUGCUUCGAGUAAAAGAUUAGGAUUUAAAAUGUGUGUUUACUUUUUAUUUUCUUAAUGUAAUCUCUGAUCUUUAUGCCUACCAUGUAUAAUCACACAAACUCUAUUGUUCUGUAGUUAAUAAACCUGUUUUAUAUUUUACCUAAAA